AUCAUUAGUGGUUAGGUUACAUUGUUUUUUAAUAUUAUUACCAAAAGCAAAUAAACCAUAUUAUUCUGGCUGUGAAACGAGUAUUCGACCAUGAAUAGAACGCAAGAAAUCUCGCUACUACAACACGAGUUGCUAUGCUGCCGUGUUUGUUUAAUGAUGGACUGCAAACUGUAUAAUAUUCAUGAAUAUAAACUCGCCGAUACCUUUACUCGCAUCUCUGGGACUGCUGUGACCCGGGACCAGCUACCGCAGUACCUGUGCGCGAACUGCCACACACUGCUCCUCAAAUGCUCGUCCUUCAGGGACAUGUGUCUCCGCACGCUGAAGCGACUUAGACCCGCGCUGCUCAAGGGGGCGCUGGAUACAGAUUACAUUCGCAAAUACCAACUCCCUCACCGGUCGAUCAAUUUAAUUAAAACUGAAGUUGAAGUAAUAGAAAUACCCCCAUCGUCAGUUCUAAAUAAUGAACAAGAUGAUGAUGAUGAUGAUGAAGCUUAUCUUGAAAUAAAGCCUGAAAUUGAAGAAGAUUUGAUUGAGAUUAGUGAUGAUGACUGUGAGGAUGAAAUCGUUUUAAAAGAUGGUGUAAUCACCAAAAGAAAAAUUGAGAAAAAUGAGACUAAUAAAAAUGUCUUGAAAACUAAAAGAAACAUUGAAACACAGACUGAUACACCAUUAAAGAAUAAUAUGGUGACAAAAAUUGUACGUACCAAACUAUCUAGUAGUCAACCUAUGACUAUUGAUAAAAGUCUAGUAACGUUGGUAAAAGAAAAUACACAAACAAGUCAAACUUCACUGAACAAAAAUAUAGUCUUAAAAAUCGGAAACGUCUGUGAUGGAAGUAUGAUUAUUAAUCAAAAUCGAAUGAAAAUGGGAAAAGAAAAUACCGAAACAACUAAAACUCCAGUGAAGGGAAACAUGGUCUUCAAGAUUGGACGUAUCUGUAAUGAAAGUAUGAAUAUUGAUAAUAAUCUAACGAAAGUGGGAAAAGAAAAUACAAAAACAAUGAAAAUGAUGACGAUUGAAGUGAAAGAUGAUAAAAUUGAAUUCAAAGUUGGUGAAAAAUCGGAUGUUAAUGAUGAUCUUAUUCAUAAAGAAAAAAUAAGAAACAUAAAAAAUAAUAGAAAUACUAAAAAAAAUGUCCAUAACGUAAAACUAAGCGAAUGUCCGAAGAUAAUAAGAAAUCUAGUUCCAAAACAGCUACCAACAUUUAAUUUUGCCGCAAUUGAAAGUACCUAUAACCUUAAAAUUGUCACUUUGAGCAAGGAAGAGCAACUGGAAGAGAUCGCAACACGGAAGAAGUCUCGGAACUACCUGGAGUCCCCGUUCAAGUGCGAAGACUGCGGGAAAGGGUUCGGCGUGGAGUCCGCCUACGACAACCACCGAGUAUGGCAUAGCCCGAGCAGCGGUCCGCUCUCAUGCGAGAUCUGCGCCAUGCGCUUCAGGGCGCGCCGAAGGCUCAGUCAGCACCAGGCAUGCCACCGGAUCAAGUUCAUAUGCAACCAGUGCGGCUUCGUCUCUAGAACCAGGCCGCAAGCAACUAAACACCACGCCACACACACGGGAAAGACCUACGAGUGCCCACACUGCUUGAAGAGCUUCGUAAAGAUCACGACGUACUUCUCGCACGUGCGCCUGAUGCACCCCGAGCUGAACGUGGACUGCUUCGACUGCGGCGAGACGUUCGUCAGCGACGUUGGCCUCGCGCAACACAAGAGGAAGAUACAUGACUUGAAAUCCAAACAGUUUACAUGCGCUACCUGCUCAGUCCAAUUCACCAACGAAGAGGCGCUGAAGAAACAUAAUGAGCUGGGCGAGCAUAGAAAAAAAGACAUGUCGCCGUGCGAGCAGUGCGGCGAGAACUGUGCGAGCGAGGACGCGCUAAAAGAGCAUGUGGGAAUGAUACACCCCACCGUGGCAUAUCACUGUGAAAAGUGCGACUUCGUUUUCGCGACCGAGGCCGCGUUGGACACGCACAACAAACGCAAGCAUCUCGGGCAGCGCUACAAGCAGCCCCCGGCCCACUACCGGAAACCGCACAACAAGUACAAGCCAAUGCAGAACCCGACCAUGUGCGACCAGUGCGGCGUUACUCUGCGGCGCUACAAGCAGCCCCCGGCCCACUACCGGAAACCGCACAACAAGUACAAGCCAAUGCAGAACCCGACCAUGUGCGACCAGUGCGGCGUUACUCUGCGUCGCUACAAGCAGCCCCCGGCCCACUACCGGAAACCGCACAACAAGUACAAGCCAAUGCAGAACCCGACCAUGUGCGACCAGUGCGGCGUUACUCUGCGGGUAACGCUACAAGCAGCCCCCGGCCCACUACCUGAAACCGCACAACAAGUACAAGCCAAUGCAGAACCCGACCAUGUGCGACCAGUGCGGCGUUACUCUGCGGGUGAGUACCAGUGGGGGAACGAGGCCGCGUUGGACACGCACAAGAAACGCAAGCAUCUCGGGCAGCGCUACAAGCAGCCCCCGGCCCACUACCGGAAACCGCACAAGAAGUACGAGCCAAUGCAGAACCCGACCAUGUGCGACCAGUGCGGCGUUACUCUGCGGUACGCGUCGAUGCUCCUGUACCACAAGCGCUCGCACCUCGCCGUCAAGCCGUUCGCCUGUCCGCAUUGCCCGAAGACAUUCGUCAUGCCGUAUUUGCUUAAAUGGCACAUGCGGGCGCACACAGGUGAGAAGCCCCACCAGUGUCCCGAGUGCCCUCUCGCCUUCGCCCUCAAGGGGAACUUCAACCGACAUUACGACACUGCACAUCGCGGUAUACGCGGUUUCUUCCCGUGCCCGGUCUGCGGACGCAUCUCCACGACCAAGGGCUCGAUGCAGCUGCACGUGCGCGCGGUGCACGGAGACGCCGGCUGGCCCAAGCGGGACCGGAGCAAAAGGAAAACCAAGUUACUAAAAGAUAAAAAAUGA